AUGACAACAUCAAAUUCAACAGCAUCAGUUGAUGAUACAUGUCAAGAGGUUUAUCAACAACUUCAUUCAUCUUGGACAAAUUCUUUCGAUGAUCUUGAUAAAGAAUUGAAUAAAAUCUAUGCGCUUUUUCAAACGUUGGAUAUACCUUUAGUUUGGUUACAAUCGCCAUUAUUUGAUUGGAAACAGACAAAUAUUGAUAACGAUUUACAUCAACAAUUUUUAACAAAUUUUUUUGUUAUGAGUAAAAUUGCUACAAUGCGACAAGUUUGUCAAUUGAUUAUUGAUCAUUCACAAACAUUUAAUAAUGUUAAAUCACAAAUAACAAACGAUGAUGAUAUUAGCACUAUUAUUGUUCAAUAUCUUGCUGAUUUACCUUCUCUUGUAACGAGUUAUUUAAUGUUUUCAUUAAUUUCAUCCUCUCAAUCUAUUCUUGAAAAGACUGUUAUUCAAACUGAUUAUCAAUUUCAAGAUUCUUUAAUAACACCAACAAAUCAAUUGGCUGAGAUUCAACAAAUUUUAGCACAAAUAAAUGAUAUUUGA